AUGAAUGAAAGUUUUAAUAAUAAUUAUUUGAAUAAUGUUUAUUUAGAAUUUAAUUUGUUUAAUAAUUUUUUAAAGGAAUUAAAUGAAAAAAUAAAAUAUAGCAAUAAUGAAAAUUAUACGUCCAUAUACGACUGUUGUAUUGAAAAUAUUUAUAACAUACAUAAUAAAUUUAAUGAGUGGAAUAAUAAUAAAGAAGAAAUUGAUGAUAAGUUUAUAGAAUAUUUUUCACAAAAUUUUAUAUUUAAUAUAAAAACAUUUUUAAGGAAUAACUUCAACAUAAUAGAUAAUAAUUUAGAAAUUUUGAAAAAUAAAAAUAAAAAACUUGUUGAAAAACUGAAGUUAGGUUUAGAAAAUGCUGAAAAUCAAGAAAAUUAUAUAUAUGAGUUAGAAAAAAGCUUGAAAAAUGAAAAAGAAAAAAAUAGAAAUGUAAAUAAUUUACUUGAUAAAAUAAAUAAUUUAACAGAAGAAAAUGAAAAAUUAAAGAGUAAAAAUGAGCAAUUAGAAUUGUCUUCUUUUAAACAUAAAGAAGAAAACAACAAAAUAAAAGUAGAAUUAAAAAAAUAUAUAUCACUUUAUGAAAAAAAUAAAAAAUUAGAGAAUAAAAACAUAAGUUAUAAUAUCUUAAACAAAAAAAUGAGUACCUUAUUUAAAAAAAUAAAUAAUGAUGUUCAGGUUAAUAGAAAUAAUAAAACAUUAGAAAAAAAUAGAAGUUACAGCUUUAAUUUCUUACAUACUUUACAAAGCAUUAUGAUUAAUGAUAUUAAACAUUCAAAUGAUAAUAAUAAUAAUAAUAAUAAUAAAUGUAAACAAAACCUACAAAAUACUAUGAUAAAUAAUAAUUGUUCUAGUAAUAAUAAAAUAGAAAAUAAUGAUAAAAAAAUUCAUAAUUUAGGAAAAAAAAUAAUAAGCUAUGAAAGAAUUAACAAACAAAAUGAUUCAUUUAUUCAUGGAGAAAAUAAUAAACGAGUAUAUCAUAAAAAAUUAACUACUUAUAAAAUUUAUAAUAAUAGUGAUAUAACCUGUACAGAAGAAAGUGAUAAUAUAUAUAAAAAUAUCGAAUAUAUAAAUAGAAAAAUUACAAAAAGAAUAGAUGAUGGUAUUGAAGAUUGUGUUAUAAGAGAUAUUAAGUUAAAAAAUAUAAGUAGUUUAAAUGAUUCAUAUUUUUCACGGGAUAAUUGUUAUUCUAGUACAACGCUACUAAUGGAUAUAAAAAAAACAUUAAGAAAUAAUAGAAUAUAUUUAAUAAACUCUAUGCUUAAAAAACAUAUUGAUAAAAUUGAAAAAAAAAAAAAAAAAUCAAGAAAAUUGUUGAAGUUACACCAAAAACCUAAAUUAAAAGAUGAUAUUCAUAAUGAAAGAGAUCAAUCUUAUUCCUUAAAUAAUAUGAUAAUAGAAGACUAUAGAUGUUCCAUAUAUAAUUUUUAUGAAUGCAUAAAAAAUGAUAUAAGGAUAAUUUUGGAAAACUCUGACAAUGUGAAUCUGGAUCUUUUUUCUAAUUACUCAAAAAACAUAAUAAAAGAAAUACAUAAUGAAAAAAAUGUGCUAAAAAAAAAAAAAAUUGAUAAAAUUACAAGAAAAUAUCUUAGACAGAUUGAUUCAUACAGGUUAAAUGAGAAAGAUUUUUUUCAUAAUAUAACGAAAGAAGAAAAUAGAAAUGAUAAAUACUUCAACUUAAAUUACAAUAAAUAUGAUUCAUUUGAUUUACGUAAAAUCUUAAAAAAUAAUUAUCAGCAACAAAUUUUUGAUAGUGACUAUGAAGAAGCUUUUUCUUUUAAUAUUUAUGAAAAUAAUGAUUUAAAAAUUAUUGACCGAUUAAAAGAUUUAAAAAGCAACAUAUCCUUUUAUAAAUUAUAUGAUUUAAUUGAUUUUUCUAACAAAAAAUAA